AUGAACGGCGAAUACGACUAUUUGUUCAAGCUUUUGUUGAUUGGUGACUCUGGUGUUGGUAAAUCAUGCCUUCUACUGAGGUUUGCCGACGAUACAUAUACUAAUGAUUAUAUUUCUACAAUUGGUGUUGACUUUAAGAUUAAAACAGUGGAAUUGGAUGGGAAAACCGUGAAGCUGCAAAUUUGGGAUACCGCAGGACAGGAGAGAUUCAGGACAAUUACGUCGUCCUACUAUCGUGGAGCCCACGGGAUUAUUAUUGUGUACGACGUUACGGACCAAGAAUCUUUCAACAAUGUCAAGACGUGGCUACAAGAGAUCGACCGUUAUGGGACAGCGGGGGUUGUAAAGUUGUUAGUCGGGAACAAAAACGACUUGAAGGACAAAAAGGUGGUUGACUUCCAGUUGGCCAAAGAAUUUGCUGAUUCGCUUUCUAUCCCAGUGUUGGAGACCAGUGCGCUUGACUCCAGCAACGUGGAAGAGGCCUUCUUGACCAUGGCCAGACAAAUAAAGGAGACAAUGUCUCACCAGCAAAAUGAUACCGGAAAGAAAGAGGAUAAGAGUGGCGUUAACUUGAAGGGACAGUCAUUGACUGGCUCCAGUGGUGGAUGCUGUUAA